AUUUGAUCGAAGUUCUUUCCUCUCGUUGUGGUUCAACUGGUCUCUGAUUGCCACUCUGUGUUGUAGUCCUCUGUUCUUAUCAUUUACAGUUAAUGGCGUAAACAAUCUGUACAGAUCGAAACCCUACGGUCGUCAAGAAAGGCGACAUCAGGUGCACAUACAUCGCAUCUCUGCUGUCGUCUAUUGAUUUUGUGUGAUUCUAAGAACUCUCGAUUCCCUGCAGAGAUUUGUCGGAGGUGCAUAAUGAUCGGUGUCAUGAUAACUUCAUUUGCACCAUCUUCGAAAGAAUAUCUACUAUGUUGUCAGGGAAAAUAGGAGAGGUCAAGAAAGUGUCUACAUGCGAAGAAUCAUGAUCGGACUUGGUGAAGAAGGCGACUCGUUGAGUCGGUUUGGAGAGACACAGAGGUCAGUUGGAUUCGCACUAACUGUUUGGAGCAAGACUCGUCUCACGUGUGCUUGCCGUGCAGAAAUUAUAUUGUACCAACUUAAAGCCACUAAUAACCGAUGUUGUUGUGCUGGAGGAUGAAAAACCAAAUUUUUUCCAAAAAUGGGCACCCUUACAUAUCCCCAAUGGUCGAAAAAAAUUAUUUCUUGCUUCAUGUUCGAUUUUCGGCGUAUUAUGUAUCGCCUCGUCUUUUAAGGAAGGGCAUCAAUAUUUAUAUAUAAUGAAGAUGCUUGUAAUUAUUGUGAAGUUGAAAACGCAACGUGAAAUUGAAAACCCAAGUUCUCUCAAUGGACCACGCAUGCCUCAGUAUAACAUGAAGAUGUUAAUUUAGGAUUCACUGAAUUUUCCAAUUCAUUUUUCUAGGACAGUACCUUUUUCAUAAGGUGGUUGUUAUCGCAUGAGGGUUUCGGCAAGAGGGCCGGCGCACGGCGCGGCCGCGUUUCUGUAACCGACCGGUGGCGAUCUGUCCCACGUUGUCAGCCGUCACACCAUUGGUGUACAACCUCGGGCAAUUAGUACCUGUGCCCGCCUAGGGUAGAAUUCUCAAGGCUUCCGUGGAGAGCUUGAAGAGACGGACUGCGACAAAGAACUGUGGGAGGAAAAGUAUCGCAAUAGCGGAACGGUAACAGAGAAUAUCCUACAUCCUCCAGUACUAUUAUAGUCGUUCGCACUUCUUGGCAGCCAGGUCUUGUAGUGUAACGAUACACAUUCGCUCCAGAGCGGAAUCGAGUUGUGAUCCCGCAAGCGAAAGAAUUCGAUUUGCGUUGAUCGUCUAACUACGCGAGUCUACGUUCGCAUUUGUACGUCUAGAGCAACGUCGACACGAAUACAAAGUUUUCGAUGCGAAGUCGCUCCUCCUUUUCGCGAUUUUCCUAUACGUACCAGCGAGCGCGGCGACAUCGUGCGACUUCCAGUCGACGUUUCAUCAAGGAGUAGAAAACAAGCAUUUGUGUUACAUCAAUCAGCGACUCUUACAACGUUCAUCUUCACGCUCAAUACAACAAGUUACAAAACAAGUCAGUAAGGAAAGAAUUCAUGCGAAGAACCAAGUGAAGUUGCACGAAAGCAUCAUCGCCGACGAGCAUUCAUCUUGAAGUUGUACAAGUGGUUUUGAACAUCAUGAUCAUAAAAUUAUAGGCAGGAGUUGGUACCGCAACAGUAAUCGCAGCUACUUCAUCAACUACGCGUAGAACCUCUCCUUGCAGUAGUACGUCACAUCUACUCCUUGCGAAAUCGCAUCAGGAAGCGUGAAGGAAGCUUCGGUCUACUUCUAGUACAGUUAGCAAGGAAGUCCUUCUUCGAAUUCUUCGAGAAUGCAUUCGUCCACGGGCAGCGGGUCGCCGAACAUGGCGGCAAUGGAGAACCCAUUUCGGCUUCCGCCAGACGAGGAGAUUUUUCUGUUGCGAGAGGAGGAGAAGAGGCGGAAAGCGGAAGAACGGGAGAAGAAAAAGCAUCAGAAAGUGUGGGAGAAGAAAACCGCAAGCUGCCGCCUGCAACCCAGUAAGCGGCUACGCGAUGAGAAGCCACAAGGGAAAAAAGACGAAGCAAAAGGCGACGCCUUCAUGGACAAGAAAGCAGUACCAAGAGAACGCGAAAAUACGACGGAUUUCGUAGCGAAAAAAAGGGAAAUGUUUCUGGUACAACAACGACAAACUUAAGUUUUGGGUUCUUUUGACGAAGAUGAAAGAAUGUAGCACUUUUGAUCAGGAUGCCACUCAGGGAGAUUUUUCUAUCGCCAGGUUCGUUUAUCUUGUUCUUUCUAACGAUGCUGAGAAAAAGUUCCAAACAACAACUCCAGGUGCAAAUGUCUCUCGACGUUAAAAAAGCGGAAAUAUUGAAGUUAGACGAGAAGGCCAGGGCAAAGGAAACAGCCCUCAAAAAGUCGCAGCAGAUGCUCGAUGAGGAUGUAAUGAUUUCUUCUGAUUUUCUGACUAGAAAUUCGAAGGAACCAAUUGUUUCGUUGAUAUUCGUGGAAUAAAUCGGUUUCUUCAAAUAGCAGACUUGUUGUGUCCUCUAAGUAUAAGUACAAGUUGUAGUAGAAUUUUGUCGUGCAAAAUAUCUUGUCUUAAAGGUUAUUCAACUUCAACCUGAGUAGAGACUUGAGCCACCUGUUGCCCAACGUCCAGGUAACCCGGUUCGACACUUUCUUGCAAGCGAACGACGCGAAGGCGCACAAGGCGAUGAAGCACGCGGAGGAGAUGACGAAGGUAAAGCAGGAACGCCUUCAGAAAAUCAAGCAUUUGCGAGGAAAGAUCGCACAAAUCCAGUCAGAGAUUAGCAAAUACAAGGAGCAGAAAGAAGAAUGCAUAAAGUUUCGCAAGUUUUUAGACCACUUGACGCCUAUUGAGUGGAAGCAAAAACAAGCGGAGCUUAGAAGACUGUACUUUUCUUGUUAAUAUUGGAAAACUGCCUAUAAAUGUGGAGUUUGACUCAUGGAUCGAAGGUAGAUACUAUCAGUUGAUGUUAUUGUGAGGCAUGGACUUUUCUUGGCUCAUGAUCGUGGUGCGACUGCGUAUGAUAUGAUCGAACCCAAACAGGGAGGCGGAGCGACUGAAGAAUAUAUGGGUGAACAAGAGAAACGACGAGAUAACAAAGCGAAUAAAUGCAGAACUAGCGGUAUUCGACCAAUUCAUUUGCUUGAUUUAACGCACAGUUGCUGUUUUUUUGUUUCUGACUCGGCGUUUCUGUAUUUUUUGGAAAAGUAUGAAAUCCAUCAACAAAACAAGUUCUUGAAUCCUCAGAGGACCCAGCAACAACGACGCCCUACAGAUAUUCGAGGAGGCCAUCCCCGAUCCUUUUGUGGAGGCGAUGAAGAAAAAUCGAAAACUCUCUAAGAAAGAGGAAGAGAUGCUUCAAAUUAAGGCCGAAGAACGACGAAACGAGAUAGAAAAUAAGCGGAAGAAACUCAAGAAAAAGUAUCAUCCUGGUCAAGAGAUACUCGAAAAAGAGUACUUUGAAGAAGUCCUUGCGAGACAAGCACCGCAGGAUGAAGACGACGUACUUCUAUUUGUCUGUUUGUUGGAUUGUCUGAGAAACAAACGUGGUAGAUUUUAGCAGGGGUAGAAUCGUUUUUUAACACCAACCGGGACAGGCUGUACAAUGUACUUCAAUUAAAUGUUGAUCCUGCAGCAUUCUCAACAUCUUCAAGUACUUAUACUCUCUUUCACCUUCUUACUUCAGGAACUCUAUUUCAAGGAGCCGAAACAUCUUCUCGACAUAUUCACGAACCUCGAGGAAGCUAAUCUCUUUCUUAUACAAAACGCGCAAGAAACGGAAGAGGUACCCUCAUUUUUUGUGCGAAGAUGGACUUUUGAUCAGUGCUGGAUUGAACAAUGGCAGAAUACCUGGAGUAGAUUCGGAACACCCUGUUCACGAUGAUGUUUCAGUGACCUAGAAAUUAUAUUAGAUCUACCGCUUUGUUUUGAAAUAAAACUAGCUGUUUCCAAUUUGAUACUAAAUAGCAACUCUAGUACUGGUCCUAUUCCCAACUUUCUCAAUCGUCAACUCCCACAGGCGAUGGAAGAUAUCGAGGUGAAAUUCGAGGAAGCACGGCGUGUGAUGGAGGGUAAGACGGCGGCUUUGCGCGAGGGCAUAGAAGCAACAGAAAAAAUGAUCGGGGAUAAGAAACUGAAGAUCGAGAUCGCGAAAGAGGAAAUAGAGGCAAGCAAGAUGGGUCGCGGCGGACGGGAAAAGAGUGAAAAACAGGCCGCCUCACCAUCAACAUCAACAUCGAAAGGUGGAGGAGCUGGUGGUCAUGGCAAGAAGGGAGAGGAACACGAGGAAGUGGUGGAGGAAGCCAGCCAAGCCGAACUUUUAGCACAGCUCAGCGCGGAAGUACUAUCUGUUUUUAGUCGUGAUUUUUUAGGAGGGUACGGGGAAUGAGGAAUCGCUAUCGCAUUUUUGUUCUAGAAAUCCGACCACAACAAGCAUGAAUCUAACGCAUAAAUUUUCUAAGUCAGUGUUCAUGAACUUCCUGUGAAUACUGAAUGGCCAGCUUCUAUGAUGAAAUCCCUUCAAACUAACCGUAUAUAUAAAUUUCACUCAGGUGAUGACAGUUUUUCAAGUCUGUGGUUUUGACACGGACGCGCGCGACCCCUUGCAAAUGCUGAGUCAGAUAGAGGCGAAACUAGAGGACUUAUUCCUCACACUCGACAACGAAGAGGCUAGUAACGAGACCGGUCGCGAAUUGGUGCUAAGGCUGGAGAGGGAGAAGGUAGAAGUUUUUCAUUAGUUUCGUAUCGUCGGUUUUUAUUUUUCAAGCGGAUUUACUUGUGAUUUCGAAAUGUCGUUCAAUGAAUGUCUAUGGAGUAGGCACACACACACACUCGUAAAGAGUCUUUUUUCAAUCAUUCCUCUACACCCGUAGGAGCGGGACCGACGCGAUCGUGUGAGGCAGGAGAGAAUAGAGGCAAACGCCAGGGAGCGCGAGGAGCGUCUAAAAGCAAGUUUGUUGCGAUCCCAGGCUCCAAUCCAUAAGAAGAUCGGAAAGCAGAUUAUGUACAGGUACUGCAUUCCGAAAGGAAGUUAUUCGACAGAUUUUUUUAGAUUGCUAGAUGAUUUUAAGUAGUUUGACCGCCGUGUAGGUAUAAAGCAUCAGAUUAUUUAGGUUCAUCUUCUACCAGGGUGACAGGUUCAUUCCAUUAUCUUGGUCUUUACUACGUACUGCAUUUUGGUUUUUAGAAUUUCGUAGUUGGUGUCCGUUAUUGCAGGCGUAAUUUCGUUCCACUUUUAGACAUAUAUUUAUAAGAAAAAAAGGAACGUAAACAUCCUUGCAUGACCGUGAUCAGCUUGUCCACCAGGUCACGGCCGCUCAUGGUGCAGAAAAAGGCUGAAAAGAUUGAUUACGAUGAGCUAGAGCGCGAAAAGGAUGCCAAGAUAUUUGGCAUUUACAUUGACCGAACGGGCAUGCCGUACGAUAAGAAGCCGGGAGUAGGGAACUAAGCCUAGGCUUGAGGAGUGCCGCAUAGGUUUUAUUUAGUGCAUGAAAUAGAUUUGUUUAAGUUUCAUAAAGAAUUUCUGUUCUGCUUCUGCUCAUGUAGUUGUUAUCUGAAGAGUGUCUGUUACCUCGUCGUGUUUUAGUAUUGUGUUUAGGAAUCAAACUAGCAUCCAAAGAAAACUGAGAUUAUACGUUGCAAACGCGAAAAAUUCUAGUAUUUGUUCAGAGUAUCUGUUACCAGUGUCGGUCACUCCUCCAUGCCUUCUGGUGUCGCACGACAUUAAUAAAGUAAUCAUCCCGCUAUCAUGUUGUAGCGUGUGCGCUCACGGAAUGGAGGAGGAUUUCUAAUUGUGAUUCUGUUUUGUAAUUUCAUAAACGCGCAUGCUAUAUUCUGUUUCGUCGAGUUCAAUGUUGCUAAGAAACUACCUAGAUGACUAGUCGUGGAUCGAACAGAUGGAUUGUAGUCGCAUGUUGCAUCUCCGUGGUGAGGAUCUUCAUGCGCAGUGAAAAACAAGGACCUUCUUAGCUCGCGAUCGAUCCCUGUAUAGAGACAGCAGGACUUGUUAACCACAAGAAAAGAAGGUGAUUGUGACGCUUUUUGGCCGACAUGUCAAGUUAAGACACAUGACGAAUAUAGUAGAGAACGAAAGAAGCUAGUGCGACUGAGGAGUGACUUGCUUUUAGAUGAACCAAGUAGAUGUUC